UUUCCUGUAUCGGUUGGCAGGAGGAAAGGCAGCAGGCAACGCCGGAGUGUGUUUAUUGAGUUGGAUCAAGAAGUACUCGAUGAACAAUUUGGAUAUCUAUUUCAUCAUGAAGAAGAAACAGGACACACGAGAGUCGUUCACGCAGGGCAGUGAUGCAGCACCUGGCACGGGAGAGAUGGAGGCAAGCAAGGUUACAGAGACCAGUAGCCCAAAAGAGCAAGAGCAGGACAUGCCUUCACGAACUGAUGGGGCUGAAAGAAGCGCAGUGGCUGCCGUUUCCAACACAGCAGAGUCUGCAGCCAUCCCCACGGUCCCACCUGUAGCAGACCCCGUACCAGUCUCCACUGUAGCAGACCCUGUACCAGUCUCCACUGUAGCAGACCCUGUACCAGUCUCCACUGUAGCAGACCCCAGACCCGUACCAGUCUCCACUGUAGCAGACCCCGUACCAGUCUCCACUGUAGCAGACCCCGUACCAGUCUCCACUGUAGCAGACCCCGUACCCGUCUCCACUGUAGCAGACCCUGUACCCCUCCCGGUCUCCACUAUAGAGGAGGGGGUGUCGUCUCAGUGUGACAUGGCUGAGGAGCUGAGCCGCCAGCUGGAGGACAUCCUCAACACCUACUGCCUGGAGGACAACGGGGAGGACGGGGUUAACCUGCCCAACGGCCAAUCAUACUGCCCCGUGCUCAACGGCCUGGCCAAUGAGAAGGAGUUGGAUGCCAAGCUGGAGGAGGUCAAAGUGAACACCGGCGGAGUGGAGAAAGUGAAGAUUCAAGAGAAGAAGAAGGUGAAGGGGCUGGGUAAAGAGAUCACCCUGCUGAUGCAGACCCUGAAUACUCUGAGUACUCCAGAGGAGAAACUGACAGGCCUCUGUAAGAAGUAUGCUGAACUGCUGGAAGAGCGGCGGAACAAUCAGAAGCUAAUGCGGGUCCUGCAGAAAAAACAGUCUCAGCUGGUGCAGGAGACGGACCACCUGAGGAACGAACACAGCAAGACCAUCCUGGCACGCAGCAAACUGGAGUCACUCUGUCGGGAGCUGCAGAGACACAACCGCACACUCAAGGACGACGGGAUGCAGCGUGCACGUGUGGAGGAGGAGAAGAGGAAGGAAGUGACGUCACACUUCCAGGUGACUCUGUAUGACAUCCAGGCCCAGAUGGAGCAGCAUGACGAGAGGAAUGCCAGUCUGAGGCUGGAGAACUCUGAGCUGGCAGAGAAGCUCAAGAAACUCAUCCAACAGUACGAACUACGAGAGGAGCACAUUGACAAGGUGUUCAAGCAUAAGGAACUGCAGCAACAGUUGGUGGAUGCUAAGCUACACCAGUCUCAGGGUUUGCUCAUAGAGUCAGAGGACCGCCAUCACAGAGAGAAGGACUUUCUGCUGAAGGAAGCGGCAGAGUCUCAGAGGAUGUGUGAGCUCAUGAAGCAGCAGGAGGUGCAUCUCAAACAACAGCUUUCCUUAUACACAGAGAAGUUUGAGGAGUUCCAGACGACUCUGUCCAAGAGCAACGAGGUGUUCACCACAUUCAAACAGGAGAUGGAGAAGAUGACGAAGAAGAUCAAGAAGCUGGAGAAGGAGACGACCAUGUAUCGUUCCAGGUGGGAGAGCAGCAACAAGGCCCUGCUGAACAUGGCUGAGGAGAAAACUCUGCAGGAGCGUGAGUUUGACAGCCUCCAGGGGAAGGUGGGGAGGCUGGAGAAGCUCUGUCGGGCGUUGCAGAACGAACGCAACGAACUCAGCAAGAAGGUAAAGGGCCUUAGCGCCGGCCCCGAGGACGACCCCAGCCCAGGAGAUGAAUCCACCUCCCUCCCCAUAGACUCCCAGGAGCCCAGCCCAGACCCCGACACCACCACCCCUAGUUCCCCCACACCCUGCUGCCACUUCAGCCCAGAGUUGGACACUGAGAACCAGGCCUGUGCAGCCCCCCUCACUGCCCAGGAAUGAAACAUCUCGCCUGGGCAACAACGCUCCCACUCUCCUCUUCACGAACCAACUUCCAGCCUGCAAGCCAAGCCACUACUAACGUAGGUGUUAAGAGUAUGGGUGUGUGUAAUUCCCUCAAGAAUAAGAUGAAGUUGUCCCCUAACCACAGAUCUAGAAUCAGUUUCCAUUUGGUCCAUCCUAACUAAAAACCCAAUAGGUCGGUGCAAGAGAACCUGAUCCUGGAUUUGUAGUCGGGUAACAGCGUCUACUUACUCUGGUUUCCCCCUGGAGAGUUGAAGGUGAUGUCAGUCAGGGGAGAUUGUGCCACCUUGAAGGUUCUUAUCCUGUGUGUUUUUCCCUUUCCUUUCCUUUGAGAAGUCCUGUACGCAAUGUUCAUGUAAGUCACAAGCUAAGGAUAGUCUGCGCCCCAAUUUGCACCCUAUUCCCUAAAUAGUGCCCUAUAUUUCACCAGAACCAUAUGUGAAUAGAGUGUGUCACAAUUGGCACCCUAUUCCCUAAAUAGUGCCCUAUAUUUCACCAGAACCAUAUGGGAAUAGUCUGCGCCCCAAUUGGCACCCUAUUCCCUAUAUAGUGCCCUAUAUUUCACCAGAACCAUAUGGAAAUAGUGUGCACCCCAAUUGGCACCCUAUUCCCUAUAUAGUGCCCUAUAUUUCACCAGAACCAUAUGGGAAUAGUCUGUCACAAUUUGCACCCUAUUCCCAAAAUAGUGUCCUAUAUUUCACCAGAACCCUAGAUGAUGUUGGACCACAAGAGUAUUUAGUAUGUGUGUACAUCUCUCCAUCGGUCUUUCUUUUGUGUGUGUGUUUGUGUGUGUGUCAUACAGUGAAGCAGCAGAUGUCUGGCCACAGUUGGACUUCAACCCAGAGCAUGUAGGGAUCAUCACCUUUUCAGUUCAAAGAUCAGUGUGUAUAUCUCUAGGUUGGGGAUGUCACUUUUUUCCAUUCUGUUCUAGAUAUCAUUGUUUAUCCUAGAACCAGAGGUCCAGAGCGUUAAUGGAUUAUGUACGUAUUCUGUAGGAAUCUUGCGCAAUCGGUGGAUCUACAGAAAGUACUCUAACCAAGGGGUGUGUAAUGUCUCGGAACCAACAGGAAGCUAAUAGGGCAAACCAGGGAAGGGACUAAACUGAACUUGUCCAAUAUGAAACGUGUUUUCCAUUGCAAAAUGUUUCACUACAGUGUGCACUACUGAAUACACCCCAAGAAUAGAGGGAAUAGCCUUGUGUUUUGGUUUGUUUCUUUAUAUCAUGUUACACAGCAGAGUUUGUAGACUUUUUGAUAUGUUAUUUUAACACCUGUGUAUCUAAUGGAGAUUCACCACUAUAUAUAGAUAUCAGUCCAAAAAAAACAACAAAAAGAAUUGUUAACUAAUUGAGAUUUUUUUUUUUUUUUCGUCAUCAUUCCCACGAUAUGCAUGUAUCCAUUCCACACGCUCAUAUUCCUUGUUUUCCAAUGGUCAUUCUACAACAUUUGAUCCGAUGGAAUGUUUUUUUCAUGCUGCCUUUCCUUGCUGCCAUGAGCCAUGUAUAUGUUAAAUAUGUAAGAUUCCAUUAACCACUAAAACAGAUAUUGAAAUGUACUGACCAAGGUUGGCUACCAAUAAUUAAUGCCUGUGUGUGGGUGAGUGUACGUAUGUUAGCAAGAUUUGUUGAAUCACAACUCGGAUAGUUCAAUUUGUUAAUCAGGUGCAAGUAAUAAAAUAUUUUAACUGAUA